CGAAAGUUCAACGGCACCGCGGUGGGAGACUCGUGUAUCCGCGUGAGGGUUAACCGACGUGGUCUUUCCCUCUCCAGAUCUUCAGUGGUGUUAGUAUCUGAGGGAGAGGCGACCAAGGCACUCUGCUCCUGCUGCUGCUGCUGCCCCUCCUCCUCCUCCUCCUCCUCCUCCUCUUCCUGGUGCUCAUGCUUUUCCUGCUGAUGGUGCUCGAACGCCAAUCCCAGCCCCAAGCCCGAUGCCACUGCAGCAGCUACAACCAGGACAUCAUCAUCACCUGUCGAAGAAGAAGAGGGAGGAAGAAGAGGGAGCCCCGAAACACCGUCAUCAUCCUGCUUACCAUGCCGGUCAUCAUCGUCGACCGCUGCUAGCAUCUCGGGGCUUUCCGCUAAAAAAGGUUCUUGUUGUCGAUCGUCCUAUACCAAAAGAAAAAACCAAGCUUAGUACAAGUCAUAAUACAUUUCUCACUGUAAAAGAUAAAAGAGAACAAACCAAAAAAAUACAAGUGGACUGUGACUAAAGGAGGAAGAGAGAGAAAAGAAAAAGAAAAGAA